AUGCGCCUGAUAGUUGUUCACCAACCGCCAUUAAAAGAAGAAGAAGAAUGNAGAAAGAAGAAACAUGUAGAGUCACACAGAGAAGUCCAGACACAACCCAAACCAUUUAGUUGUGAUGAAUGUGGUAAAAGAUUUACCAGAAAAUCAGAUUUAAACUCACACAUGAGAGUCCACACAGGAGAGAAACCGUUUGUAUGUGAGCUAUGUGGACAUAGAUUUAGCCAGAAGCGUAUUUUAAACUCACACAUGAAAGUCCACACAGGAGAGAAACGAUUUUUAUGUGAGGACUGUGGACAUAGAUUUAGAGACAAGGGUAUGUUAAACAGACACAUGACCAUCCACACAGGACUGAAACCGUUUCUAUGUGAAGACUGUGGAAAAAGAUUUAGAUGUAAGUUUACUUUAAACUCGCACAUGAGAGUCCACACAGGACAGAAACAAUUUGUAUGUAAGGACUGUGGACAUGGAUUUAGCCAGAAGGGUAAUUUAAACUCCUACAUGAAAAUCCACACAGGACAGAAACCAUUUGAAUGUAAGGACUGUGGACAUAGAUUUAGCCGGAAGGGUAAUUUAAUCUCUCACAUGAAAAUCCACACGGGAGAGAAACCAUUUGUAUGUCUGGACUGUGGACAUAGAUUUAGCCAGAAGAGUGGUUUAAACUCUCACAUGGUAGUCCACACAGGAGAGAAACCAUUUGUAUGUGAGGACUGUGGACAUAGAUUUACCCAGAAGAGUAGUUUAAACGUUCACAUGAGAGUCCACACAGGACAGAGACCAUUUGUAUGUAAGGACUGUGGACAUAGAUUUAGCCAGAAGAGUAGGUUAAACUCUCACUUGAGAGUCCACACUGGAUAGACACCAGGGGUGGGCUGGGUUUAAAAGGCUUGGUCUAGAGAGGCUUUUUAUCUAAUCGCACAACAGAUGCAAGCAGAAACAUAAUUUGAACACUG